GUAGGGUAGGAGGCUAUGGACCCGUGGCUUUUUUUCUCCUCUCGUUGACGGAGCCAUUGUUCAGGAAACCGUGAAGCGCAAUUCUGGUCGUGUGUCCUUGUAUUUGAAUCACAAUCGGCCAUACGGCAAUGAAAAGAAAAGUAGUUAAUCAGAUCUAACGAACAAGCUGCCGACGCGACGGGGAUGCAUGGGCACAAUAGCGGAGAGCAGACGCACACUACAAUAAUAUUUUUUCAGGAGACGUUUUUAUUCUAGCCGGGACUUUCUAUUUCACCAAACGGAUAGAAAGCUCUGUUUCCUCAGGAUUCUGGAUCCAUUUUCACUGGAUAGUACCAACUUUUGUGAUGGGACUGUGUGUUGUAAACAUCGCAAAGAUUUUAGUGGCACCAGUAAGUCGAACAUAAUGAAAAUAGAUGCUAAUGGUUAGGAAAGAAAAUGCGCAAAAAUAAUUUUGCACUCAGCUUAUUUGCACAUUGUUGAUGAGUUUGUAAGUCAUUGUCUAUUUAUAUAUUUUUGGUGGCGAUUUUUUGCUGUCACUUGAUAUGCACGUCGUAAUUAAUUUGCCGUUAUCAAACUUAAGGUGAUCACAUGUCCUUUACAAACCCAGCGCGACUUGUUUAUAUUAAUUUGAACAGCGCUGGAUAAGAAUGCACCUUUUGGAUGGUAAUUAUAGUGACAGGAUGGAGCGGGGAACGCCACAGAGGAAAACUGUUUACCGGAUCUCUCUCACUUUAGUGAAAAAAGAAAGCUUGAAUGACGGAACAGGGAAUGGGGAUGGGGGCACAGCACACCGGCGCCUAGAAAACCCCAAAGUGGGGGCUUACCGGCGCGAGGGCUCCGUGGACGUCCAGAGGAGCUGUUUCCUGGAGGAGCUGAAAGAGGUGGAGGAUGAAAACGAUGAUUUCAGCUCACACGGCCACAUGCGCAACUUCAGGACAUUCAGCACAGGGCAGUUGGAGAUUGGAAGGCUCAAAAUAUCUCGGAAAGCACAGCACUUGAACCAAGACCGCUCGCUGGAAAUAAAUGAAAAGGAAACAGGGACUUCAGCUCUGGCAGCAGCAGCAGCAGCAGGCAAACUCAAGCAGGGGGCCUCUGCAGAGGGAGAUGUUCACAGCAGAAAUGGACAGGAGGGGUAUGCAACACAGGAAAUGGUGGGAAUGGACAGACUUAAGGGAGACUUGCGCACCACCACAGAAACCAGCAAAGUAGAUGCAGCCAACGGAGGCACUGUGUCAACCAAGAAACAGGGAAACCUGAAAAUGUCUAAGAGCACAGAAGAGCAGUACUACAUCGCAGCCCACGAGCCUCAGAGAGACGAGGAGCUGAAACCUUCCUCCUCCUCCUCAGGCAGCAAAUCCACAGACGAAGGAGGUAAAGGCAGCGCUAAAUCGUCCAAGCACCCUCCACACACCCCUCAGGCCAAACGGCACCCCAGCCUGCUCCGGCGCAGCUUCAGUUUCCGACACUGGACCGGAGGGGAGUUGCUGCGCCUCCGCGCGCUGUCCAAAGAAAAGCACCACAGCAGCUCUGGCUGCAUCGGCCGCGGCGAGGAUGCCAAAACGCCCUCUGCGGUGGUGCUCCAAAAUCCAGCCUUUCACGAGGACAUUGGACGUGACCUGGAGUUGGCCGAUAAGGACCAAACGUUGGAUAUGGACGACAUCCUCAGAAAGUCGGACCCCGCGGCGGGCCUGAGCCGACGGGAGCGUGCCAAGGGCAAGAACCGCACGCUCGAUAACAGUGACCUGCUGCGUCUGUCGGACCGUCCGCUGGGGGAGAAGGAGGGGUUCCUGCGUUCGGCGGGAGGGCACGGGGGCAGCCAGGAGCGCCGUCUCAUCCGCUUCUUCAGCGGGAUCUUCUCCAAGCGCGACUGCGGACUAGGGGCCACCACCUCCACGCCCGUCAGCAGUCCCAGCAACCGUGGACUCCGCAAGAAGAGGUCCGGCCUAGGAUUUUCCCAGUCCAGCAGCGAGAGUGUCAAUGGCUCCAAACAUGAGGUGGCUCAGAAAGUUGUAGCAACACGGAAGAAGCAGCAGCUGUCCAUCGGCCCCUGCAAGUCCCUCCCAAACUCCCCCAGCCACUCGUCUGUCUGCUCCCAGCCUGUGUCUGCUGUGCACAUCAACCAGACGAGCAACGGUGGCGGCAGUCUGAGCGACUACUCGUCGUCCGUGCCCUCCACCCCCAGCACCAGCCAGAAGGAGCUGCGCAUCGACGUCCCGACGAGCGCCAACACACCCACGCCCGUCCGCAAGCAGUCCAAACGCCGCUCCAACCUCUUCACUUCUCGGAAGGGGAGUGAGCCGGAUAAGGAGAAGAAAGGCCUGGAGAACCGGGCGGACAGCAUCGGGAGCGGACGCGCGAUCCCAAUUAAACAGGGCAUGCUCAUGAAGCGGAGCGGCAAGUCUCUAAAUAAGGAGUGGAAGAAGAAGUACGUGACUCUGUGUGACAAUGGAGUGCUCACCUACCACCCCAGCCUGCACGACUAUAUGCAGAACGUACACGGCAAGGAGAUUGAUCUGCUGCGGACCACUGUGAAGGUUCCGGGCAAGAGGCCCCCCAGAGCCGUGUCUACCUGUGCAGCCUUGCCCAGCCCCAAGACCAACGGCCUGACCAAAGACCUGAGUAAUAUGCAGCUCGGACCCGGCCAAGGCUCGGUAAGCAGCAGCUCGUCAGCGUCUCAGAUGGCCAGCGGCAUCAGUCUGGUGUCCUUUAACAGCCGACCGGACGGCAUGCACCAACGCUCUUACUCCGUCUCCAGUGCUGACCAGUGGAGCGAGGCCACGGUCAUCGCUAACUCCGGCAUCAGCACAGACACAGGACUCGGGGAUUCGGUGUGUUCCAGUCCCAGCAUCUCCAGCAGCACCAGCCCUAAGAUGGAUCCUCCGCCGUCGCCGCAUGCCAACCGCAAGAAGCACCGCAGGAAGAAGAGCACGAGCAACUUCAAGGCUGACGGCCUCUCUGGUACUGCUGAAGAGCAAGAAGAAAACUUUGAGUUUAUCAUCGUUUCGCUGACGGGGCAGACCUGGCACUUUGAGGCGACCUCUUAUGAAGAAAGGGACGCCUGGGUCCAGGCAGUGGAGAGCCAGAUCCUGGCCAGCCUGCAGUCCUGCGAAAGCAGCAAGAACAAGUCACGUCUAACCAGUCAGAGUGAAGCCAUCGCUCUGCAGUCAGUCAGGAAUCUGAGAGGAAACUCCCGCUGCGUGGACUGUGAAGCACAAAACCCUGACUGGGCGAGUCUGAACCUGGGUGCACUGAUAUGUAUUGAGUGUUCGGGUAUCCAUCGUAACCUGGGCACUCAUCUGUCGCGUGUGCGCUCGCUGGACCUGGACGAGUGGCCCCUGGAGUUGAUCAAGGUCAUGUCCUCCAUUGGCAACGAGUUGGCCAACAGCGUGUGGGAGGGCAACGCACAGGGCCGCCUCAAACCUGCCCCGGAUGCAAGCAGGGAGGAGCGUGAGCGCUGGAUCCGGGCGAAGUACGAGCAGAAGCUGUUUGUGGCGUCGCUGUCGUGCACAGAGCUGCCGCUGGGUCAGCAGCUGCUGCGGUCCAGUGCGGACGAGGACCUGCGCUCCGUCGUGCUGCUGCUGGCUCUCGGCUCACGGGACGAGGUCAACGAGACGUGCGGAGAGGGAGACGGACGCACCGCCCUCCACCUGGCCUGUCGCAAAGGCAACGUGGUCAUCACCCAGCUGCUCAUAUGGUACGGGGUGGACCUGAUGGCGCGGGAUGCCCAUGGGAACACAGCGUUGGCGUACGCGCGGCAGGCCAGCAGUCAGGAGUGCGUGGACAUCCUGCUCCAGUACGGCUGCCCGGACGAGCGCUACCCGCUCAUGGCCACGCCCAACCUGUCGCGCCGCAGCCACAACAACAACAACAACAGCAACAGCAGCCGCAACAACAGCUGCAGCAGCACGGGCAGCUCGGCCCUCAUCUGACCGCCGACGCCAACACACUGCCCCCAGCCUUCCCACCUGCCUCCUACA